AACUGUAGAAAAUAUCUUCCACCUGGAAAGUACACGUGCCAGGACAACAGAACCCUCCAUGAGAAUCUCUCUCUACAAGGAUUAAUGCCCAAAAUAUCUGUCUCUUUUCAUCUCUGGCACGUUUUCUGGCUUCAUGAACAUUCCGGAAGAUUACUCAUUCACCGAAAGAAGGCUCUGUUUCUCUCUUUAUCUAUCGCUCAGAUAUUUUUUCUCCAAAUCGAGAAAUUCAUAUAAUCAAUCACCACCGCCAUUGAAGACCCACUAUAAAAGAACAACCUUUCCCUACUUUCUAUUCGCUUCUUGUCCUUCAGAGUUUCAUGCCUGUCAAUUAGUCCUCUGCUUUAUUCUACAAAGCAUAUAUAUUCCCCAAUUUUCGAAUUCAGUAAUAGUGUUGGGUGGUUAUGGUGAUGGAGAGGGAGUCUCAACAAGGGUUAUUGCCUUCUUAUUAUAGCAUUCUUGGUGUCAGUAUCGAUUCUUCUGCGGAUGAUAUAAGACGCGCUUAUCGCAAACUUGCCAUGCAAUGGCAUCCAGACCGAUGGACCAGAACACCUUCUCUUUUGGGUGAAGCCAAGCGAAAAUUCCAGCAAAUUCAAGAAGCCUAUUCAGUGUUGUCAGACCAGAGGAAGAGGACCUUGUACGAUAUGGGUUUCUAUGACCCUGAUGAAGAAGAAGAAGAAGAUGAGGGCUUUUGUGAUUUUGUAGAGGAAAUGAGGUCUCUGAUGGCCCAGAACAAGGACAAAAGUUGCAGCACGGAUGAGCUACAGAAAAUGUUGAUGGAAAUGGCACAAGGAUCCCAGUUUUCCUCCUGGCCCUGCGGGCCUACAGUUAUUGGAGAUUUUGGAUACUCGGAGAGUCUGCAAUGGAAUUCGGACUUACUGAUGGGGAGAAAUCCACCACAAUUUGAUACCUCAAAAUGGCAGAUGUAUGGAACAGGCAGUUAUUGGAGAUAGGGGAUGAGAGACUUAUAAUCUGGACAAUUCAUCAAAGUUACAAGACUCCAAAGCUUGACAAUGGAAGCACUAUGUAUGAUCAUAUGUUGGGUUAUUUGUCCUGACAAACAAUUAUGGUUAUCCUUUGUGAUAGGCCUUUUUGUAAAUGUGAGCCAGCUUAAGAUUUUCUUUCGUCUUGGUGUACUAUUUCUGGUCUGUUUUGAGGGAGCUGGUUUUGUUGUAUGUUUGCUAAAAAGUCUGUAAACAGAUUUCUGAUUAUGACCAGGAAUUUCAUA